AUGGAAGACUCUGCUUUAUUAGAGAAAUUAAAAGGAUAAAAAUGGGAUCGCAUAACAGCAGAUGAAGACAAAGGUUUGAGACUUCUUCUCCCAGAAUAAGGAUAAAGCUAAAAAAUCCCUUACAUGUAUAGCCCUUAAUUGGUAAUAAGCUUUGCAAAAAAAAUUUAAGAGGAAUAGAUCAUAAAUGGCUUUUCAGCCCUUAAAAAAUUAGGAUUAUUAUAAGAUUUGUAAAUAAAUGUUUUUUUGGAUUUAUUUGCAGAUACACCAGCAUUCAAAGAUUUACUACAAAAAGUCUCCUAUUAAUUAGGGUAGCUUAAGGUGUUAAAAAAUUUAAAGAUUCUAUAGGUUUAGUCUUAUAGUUAAGGAUAAGAAUAUCUUCUAAAUGAUAUCUAUAAUAUAGUUCAACUUCAGAAUUUGGGUAUUUAAGAAUCAUGGAGUAUUCAUUAAAACAAUUCUAAUUUAUUGUUCGACAGUACUUAUGCUAACUAAUUUUAAAUGAUAUUUAAAUGCAGCUUUUUAAAGAGAUUGAGCAUAGAUUUAACUAAAAAUAUCGAAUGUAAUGAAUAAUUCAAAGAAGAAUUGAGAAAACUUCAAAAUUUAGUUUAAUUAGAGGAGUUCCAUAUUAAUUCAGGCAUCAAAAAUGAAUCUUUUUAUGAUUUGUUAGGAUAUCAUUUAUCUAAGCUUCCUAAUCUCAAGCAUUUAGGUAUUGGAAUCGAAAAUAAUGAUAUAGCUGAGGUUGGUCAAUUUAGUAAUAAUAUUAUGAGACUUUCUUAAAAUAUUUGUAAAUCACUUAGCAUAGAAUCAGUAACAAUAAAUACAGUUAGAAUAGGAGAAUAAGAAGUAGAAUAUAACUAAGCAAUUGAUUUUAUUUCCUAAAUAAAGCAAUUAACUAAACUUAGAAUAGUGGCUUUAAAUCAUAGCAACAUAUUAGAUAAACUAAAUUAAUUUACUUCAUUGCAGAGUCUUAAUUUGGUUUUAGAUAAAACUUUAAACACGUAAUAGCUUGAAGCCUUAAAAAGUCUUACUUUAUUAAAAAGAUUAGAUUUUUUUUCUGUUUAAAUUAUGGAUCAUUAAAAAUUAAGAGAACUGUUGGCAACAAUUAAGUGCCUUAAAAACCUAACUUAUAUUUCUAUUCCAGAUUACCAUUGGCUUAUUUAGAAAAUUAAAAAAGCAUUACCUAACUUGGUAGAGUUUGAGAUUAUUGAUUCAGAAACUGCAUAUUAAUGA